UCCUUGGAGGAAAUCCCGGCUCGGUUCUGGAGGCUCAGGUCUCUGCUGGACCUACUGGAGACAGCAUCAGUGGAGUCUUUAGGUCCAGUUUUCGGGACUUGCGUGGUACAGAGGAACCGCUUUAACGGACCCGGACGAACUCGAACUUUUUAAAAAUCAGAACCGAACCAGGGAGUUGAUCUUUGGACGCAGCGGAGACAAAACAAGACGGAGGGACCGGAGCCGGGAGCCGAACUAAGCCCGGACCAGGUGUUUGCCGAGCCGCCACCAGCAGAUGCUGGUCUCCUUCGGACCUCAGGCCCGCUCCAGUGUCCGGUCCGGGGAUCCAGCCCCGCUGUCUGUCCGGAUGUGAGGCGGACGGAGACGCCUGGAAGUCGGUCAUGUUUCCCGGUGGUCCCGCUGGGAGCUGCAGCUAGUUAGCUUAGCCUGCUAACAACAAGGCCGCCCCGCUGCUCCGGUCAGGGAUGAGCCACAGUCCCGGAGAAAGACUCCUUUAAUCCGGACACACGCCAGGAAGAGCCCCUCCAGUCCCGCCGGGGCUGGAAGGACAUGGGGGAGCGGAACUUCUCGGCCCGCCGCACAUCUGUCACCGCAGCGGAGCUGAGGAGCGGGGCGCCCCCCUGCCCCGGACUGUAGCAGCCGGCCGCUGGAAGCACCGCUCGGAUUCAAACCCCCGGGGAUGUAGGCCGUGUCCUGGGUCAUAAAACAAGCGCACCACAUUACGCUGCUGAUGAGGACCCAGAAGGCGUGAAUCGGGUCUUCGUGGAUCCUCCACCGUCCUGAUCCACAGUCUGCGGGGACCAGGCAUGAACUACCAGCAGCACCAGGCCAACUCGGCCGCCAUCCGCGCCGAGAUCCACAGGUUCGAGUCCGUCCACCCGAACAUCUACUCCAUCUACGAGCUGCUGGAGCGGGUCGACGAGCCGCACCUGCAGAACCAGAUCCGGGAGCACGUCAUCGCCAUAGAAGAUGCCUUUGUGAACAGUCAGGAGUGGACCCUGAGUCGGACGGUACCAGAGCUCAAAGUGGGCAUUGUGGGUAAUCUGGCCAGCGGGAAGUCGGCGCUGGUCCACAGGUACCUGACAGGAACCUACGUCCAGGAAGAGUCUCCUGAAGACGCCAUCAGCUCUGCCAACCCGAGGGUGAUCGACGACAGCCGGGCCAGGAAACUCUCCAACGAGCUCAAGCGCUGCACCUACUACGAGACCUGCGCCACCUACGGCCUGAACGUGGAGCGGGUCUUCCAGGACGUCGCCCAGAAGAUUGUGGCCAUCAGGAAGAAGCAGCAGCUGUCCAUCGGACCCUGCAAGUCUUUACCCAAUUCCCCGAGUCACUCGUCUGUCUGCACCACCCAGGUCUCUGCAGUCCACGUCAGCCAGGCGAGUAACGGUGGCGGCAGCUUGAGCGACUACUCAUCGUCUGUGCCGUCCACCCCCAGCACCAGCCAGAAGGAGCUCCGCAUUGACAUCCCACAGACCACCAACACCCCCACACCAGUCAGGAAGCAGUCCAAACGCCGCUCCAACCUCUUCACCUCGAGGAAGGCCAGCGAUGCGGACAAGGAUAAGAAAGGUGUGGAGUCUCGAGCCGACAGCAUCGGCAGCGGGCGAGCCAUCCCCAUCAAACAGGACUCGACAGCAGACUGGGACCGGGACUUGAAAUCAGACUUGGACUUGGACCAGGACUUGAAACCAGACUUGGAUCUGGAUCUGGACCAGGACUCGACAGCAGACGUGGACCUGGACCGAGACUUGAAACCAGACUUGGACUUGGACCAGGACUUGACAGCAGACUUGAACCUGGACCAGGACUUGAAACCAGACUUGGAUCUGGAUCUGGACAAGGACUUGACAGCAGACCAGGACCAUGACCGAGACUGGAAACCAGACCUGGACCAGGACUUGAAACCAGACUUGGAUCUGGAUCUGGACAAGGACUUGACAGCAGACCAGGACCGAGACUUGAAACCAGACUUGGACCAGGACCAGGACUUGAAACCAGACUUGGACUUGGACCAGGACUUGACAGCAGACUUGGACUUGGACCAGGACUUGACAGCAGACUUGGACCUGAACCAGGACUUGACAGCAGACUUGGACUAG